AUGGGUCGGGAAGUAAGUGAAGAGGCAGGGACCUCACAUUCUUCAGGGAAUGAUCUGCCGGAUAUCGAAACUCAAGCAAUGGCAUCAAGAACCCAAGAUUUCAGAGGCCAGCGAACAAUUACCGAGACUACCACAGCGACACAAAAUGCGACAAAAGUCCGAUGGAGUGAUCUACCGAAUAAAGACCAACUCUUCAUUCUAUCACUCUGUCGUCUCUCUGAACCAUUAUCCAAUGUCUGCCUUUUGCCAUACAUUUUCUAUCUCGUACGAUCGGUUCUACCUCCAGGAAAUCCAAAUCCGAUAGACGAUGACCAAUCACAAGAAUCUACUGAUGCUGCUGCCGCUCGUAUCUCCGAAUUCUCAGGAUUAUUGGUGGCUGCGUUUCCAUUAGCACAAUUCCUCGUCAGUUUACCAUGGGGUCGGUUAUCAGAUAAACAUGGACGAAGACUGUCUAUCGUAGGUGGAUUGGCGGUUUCGGUGCUAGCAAAUAUUGGAUUUGGGUUUUCGAGGUCAUUCGGCGCGUUGCUUUUCUGGCGGGUUCUCGCAGGUUUCGCCAAUGGAAAUGUUGGUAUUAUGCGUACCGUGACGGCGGAAGUCGUACGCGAGAGAAGAUAUCAGACUAAGGCGUUCCUUUUACUACCUCUGGUAUUCAACGCGGGUAUGGUAGCAAGUUUAGCGCUUGGAGGCUGUCUCGCAGAGCCUGUUGUCAAUUUGGCGUGGCUUUUUGGACCACAGGGAAUCUUCAACACGGUUGGGAGUCCUGAUGGUGUACAGUGGGCGAUUGAUUAUCCUUACGCGUUGCCAGCACUUUUAAAUGCUGCUUUGCUGGGAGCAUCUCUUAUUCUGGCUGUAGCAGGCCUUAAAGAGACACUACCCGGAAAGGAAGAGCAUAGUGAUAUCGGCCUUAGAGCUGGAGCGACAAUUGUGCGAUGGUUCCGACAUUUGCGACCGAGACAACAACGACAGAAAUACAUAAGGAUAGAGAGCAGCGAAGAUACAUCCUUAGGACAAGCUCAAUCAGAACCGGAGAAGCCUGUACUGGCACCAGCACCUCCUGGAACCAAAAAUGUUCCUUUCCGGGGAAUUUGGACACGAAGAGUGUUGUGUGCUCUGGUUUCCUUUGGAUUACUUCCGUUACACAACUCGGCAUUUAUGCACAUAUUUCCCGUUUAUCUAAGUAGUCCUCCAGCCAAUAACGACGAAGCUUCAUUUUUUGCUUUCGCUGGUGGUUUAGGAUUACGAUCGUCCAUAAUUGGCCUAUGGCUUUCGACUUUCGGUAUUUGCGGUAUCUUACUACAAUUGUUUAUUUAUCCACGAUUACAAGCGCGGAUCGGUACGCGUGGUGUUUUUCGAAUUGCGUUAUUUUUAUUUCCUGUUACGUAUGCGGCGGCACCGUAUUUAUCGCUUCUUGCAGGAGCCGGUGAGGAUGGACCGCGAUGGGUAUUUUUGGGGUUGGUCGUAUGUGCUCAGAUUAUGGCACGUACCAUGGCUAUUCCCAGUACUGUUAUUCUAUUGACGGAGGCAGCACCCUCGAAAAAGGUUUUAGGAACCAUACAUGGUGCUGGUAAUAUGCUUGCAAGUUUAGCUCGUGCAAUUGGGCCGGCGAUUGGGGGUUAUGUGUUUGCGUUAGGUGUGGAAGAGGGAGUGAUUGGGUUGGUGUGGUGGAUGUAUUUAGUAGCUAUUGCGUUGUGUGCCUUGGUGUGGUCGUACCUUAUGGAAAGGGAUGAAAACUAA